AGGCAUCCUCCGACAUUACAACAUAAGAAACACUGACGACCAUAGUAAAGAACAUUUGUGAAGGAUAUUACUUUGCUCAAAGAGGUACCACGCAGACAUUCCUAGAGAAAUAUGGAUGAAACUGGAAAUCCGACAAUACCUCCUGCCAGUAAUAACACGUGCUAUGACAGUAUUGAUGACUUCCGCAAUCAAGUUUAUUCUACCUUGUAUUCUAUGAUCUCUGUUGUGGGUUUCUUUGGCAAUGGCUUUGUGCUCUAUGUUCUUGUAAAAACAUACCAUGAGAAAUCAGCCUUCCAAGUAUAUAUGAUUAAUUUAGCUGUGGCUGAUCUAUUGUGUGUGUGCACACUGCCUCUCCGUGUGGCCUAUUAUGUUCACAAAGGCAUUUGGCUCUUUGGUGACUUCCUGUGCCGUCUCAGCACCUAUGCCUUGUAUGUUAAUCUCUAUUGUAGCAUCUUCUUCAUGACAGCCAUGAGCUUUUUCCGAUGUGUUGCAAUUGUUUUCCCAGUUCAAAACAUUAGUUUAGUUACACAGAAAAAAGCCAGGUUGGUUUGUAUUGCCAUUUGGAUGUUUGUAAUUUUGACCAGCUCUCCAUUUUUGAUGGCCAAUACUUACAAGGAUGAGAAAAAUAAUACAAAGUGCUUUGAGCCUCCACAGGACAAUCAAGCUAAAAAUUAUGUUUUGAUUUUACAUUAUGUGUCAUUAUUCAUUGGCUUCAUCAUCCCUUUCAUCACUAUAAUUGUUUGUUAUACAAUGAUCAUUUUUACUUUACUAAAAAGUUCAAUGAAGAAAAAUCUGUCAAGUCGUAAAAGGGCUAUAGGAAUGAUCAUAGUUGUGACAGCUGCAUUUUUAGUCAGUUUCAUGCCAUAUCAUAUUCAACGCACCAUCCACCUUCAUUUUUUACACAACAAAACUAAACCCUGUGAUUCCAUCUUGAGAAUGCAGAAGUCAGUGGUCAUAACUUUGUCUCUGGCUGCAUCAAAUUGUUGCUUUGACCCUCUCCUAUAUUUCUUUUCAGGAGGGAACUUUAGGAGAAGACUGUCUACAAUUAGAAAGUAUUCUUUGUCCAGCAUGACUUACAUACCCAAGAAAAAGACUUCCUUACCACAAAAGGGAAAAGAUAUAUGUAAAGAAUAGUUUAAGCCAAUCUCCUAUGCAAACCAAUGCAAAUAGUUCCCCA